GUAGUGUGAAUGGAAAUCGCUAUUGAACAAGUGAAAGUUAUUCAGCUAAGAUCAACAUCGAAGAAUCAUCAUCCAUAAAGAGUGAGAACUAACGAGAGAGAGGAGUGAGAGAGAGAAGUUAAUUCGUGAGCUAAAAAGUGAGAGUAAAAGAGGAGAAACUCAAGUAAUUAUAAGUCAUCAUUUUCCAUCAUCAAUAAACUCAAUCCAUCAUCAUCCUGCUACUGACAUAUUACAUUGUGAGUUACGAUUUAACAAGUAAAAGUUUCCUUUUGAAUCUCAUACGACACUUUAAUUUUUUGGAAAAUUUGACAAACAGAAAAAGAAGAGGAGAAAAUGGAGAAAAAAAAUAUUCGAAUGUAUUUCUAUGCAUUUAUCUUGGCGGUUACCGUUAUAUUGAAUCUAUCACAACAAGCAUCGGCCCGUCCAAACAUGGACGAAAUGGCCAACAUGGCGGAAGCAUUGAGAUACCUUGAAAAAUUGGACAAAUAUUACUCGCAAAUGGCAAGGCCAAGGUUUGGACGAAGCAUUUCAGAUACAAGGCCAGGGAAACGUGACCCUUUCAUCCCUAUCGAUCUAAACUGAAGAUUACAAGAACUAAUCAUAAUAUAAUGUAAGAAAGAAAAAGGAAAAAAUUGGACGGAAUUAGAACAAAGAGAGAACUCGAAAUUAACGAAAAAUUUCAAAAAUUUUCGACUCGAAUUCGAUAAAAAACUUUAACAUCAUAAGAACUUUUUUUGAACAAUCGUACAAAUCAUCAUUAAUCUAAUCACUAUUUACCACCAGAAACCCUUUCUGUUUAAUCAACAACAAGUUGCCAAUGAUAAUCAAUCAACAAUCAAUCAGUCAAUUAAAAUGGUAGCGUUAAUCAGUGACAAUUAACUUUCCCCUUGAAUUGUGUUAAUUUAAAUUGUUUGUAAUCAAAAGUUUAAUUUAAUUGUCUCUUAAUUUUUUUAAAUUUUAGAUUAUCCCUUUAUAAGUUUACCCAAUUUUCAUUUUAAAUUGUAUCAAUUGAACAUCUACAUUUAAUUGUAAUUCAUUAUUAUUUCUUGAUUAACAUCGCCUAUUAUAUCAACAA